UAGGCCACUGUCAUCUGGUGGUAAACCUUAGACUGUAACACUAUCUUUUAAGGAGUUUUAAAAAAUAUUUUACUAAUUUUUAUACUAUCUAAGUCUAUCUAUCUAAGUCUUGGUGAUGGUGAACAUGGCUGCGGACCUGAGCUCUCUUUCUUUUGAGAGCGGGCUCACUGAGGACGAAAAGAAGUUACUUUACCUUCGUGCGCGCUCGGCUUGGCUGACGUUUUGCGGGUGCGCGCACGCCGCUUUCAUGCGUGAACUCAUCGACUCCCUUCGACGUGCCAUCAAAAGACGCGCAUCUAAAACCAGAAAGCCACUGGCACCGGGAGAAGACGGUGACCUCUGUGUAGGCAUACUUGGGAUGGGUCAUGUGGGAAAACAGCUGCUCUUAUCCCUUCUUGAAAAGACCGACAUCAAACCUUCACAUAUUAAGAUCUCCACUAGAAGACCAGAAUUAACAGAGGAAUUUGCCCAUACAGAAGUUGAACGUUUCUUUGACAAUCGCAGACUGGCAGCGUGGGCAGAUGUUCUCUUUCUUUGCUGUCUGCCCUCUCACCUCCCAAAUGUCUGCGCUGAUCUCCGCUCCCAUCUUCCAGAGCGCUGCCUUGUGUACAGUUUCACCUCUGCUGUUCCCGUCCCCUGAUUAGCUAAACUUCUCAGGCACAACUACAUCCUGAAGCCACAGUAUGACUUUGUUGCUUGUGACAAUGCAGAUGUUUGGCAGUCCUGUCCUUGUGUGGCCGAAGGUUUAUCAGAUCCUUUACUGACAGAAGCAUCGUGCCCUCUCACAGUGAAAGAUGGCAUUUCUCUGGGUCUAAACUGGGUGUGUGCAGUGUUGUACAGCCUGUUGAAUUUGUGCACAUCUUCCAAUCUGGGAUCUAGUGAGGCUCUCUCCUUGAUAAACUUUGUAUUUAAGGAGAAUGGGCAAACUGAGCAAUUAAAGGUGCAGAGUUUCAUCAAUUCCUCUCAUGCAUCUUCUCUUCUUUCAGAUGAGCCUUUUCCCUGGAUUUCUCUUACGGAUGCCCAGAUCAAGGAGACCCUGCUGCAGCUGCACUUUCUAUCAAGUAGUAAAUCUGUGCAGCAGUGCAUCUCUGCAGCAUGUAAAUCCCAGAUGGAGACGCCAGCAAAAUGACACACUAAUCAGCCACAGCAUUAAAAUCACUGAUAGGUGAGGUCAGUCUCUACGAUGGCUCUUCCUAUUCAGCUUAAUGUUAUUUUGACACCUACUUGUUCUAGACCAAGCACACACACAACUCCCAUGGCACAUGCACUGCUCUCAGCAGGGCGCUGCACCCUGUUACGCUCAAAAACUUAUUGAGCAAAUUCAUCAGGGGAUAAGUAGGAGCAAGCUCAAUCGAUAGAGACCCAAACCUGCAGCCCCAACGAUCUACAACCACUAUUCUAUGCCAGACAACAUAUGACACCUCCAGAGGUCUCCUGACUAUGGCUCAAGGGGUACAUUCACAGCAUUAGGUGGGUGUUUUUAAUGAUGCUGCUGAUUGUCUUACACAAGCAGUUUUAGUAAUCAUUAUGUAGUAUUAAGGACUCAGCAAAGAUUCUGAUACUGUUUAGUGUUCAUUUUUAAUAUUUGGCUUUUUAAUACUUGGUGUAGUUACAAUGAGAGUAAACU